GGGCUGGACUUGGCGGCCUGCGACGAGGCAGCCGUCGGCGCCGCGGUGGACGCGGCGUGGCGCUGCUUCGGGGACGGCGGGCUCCAUGCCCUUGUCAACUGCUGCUCCUUCGAGGGGGAAGUGCAAGAUUGCCUCAGCGUGACUGAAGAUGAGUACAACAAGACCAUGAAAGUCAAUGUAAUCACACCUUGGCUCCUGAUAAAGGCGAUAGCGAAGCGGUUCCGGGAUGCGCAGUCGGGCGGCUCCGUGGUUUGCUUGACCCAGAUCAUCGGCGCUGAGAGAGGAUUGUAUCCGGGGGCUGCGGCAUACGGCACAAGUUUAGGCGCCGUUCACCAGCUCGUCAGACUGUCGGCGAUGGAGCUCGGCAAGCACAAGAUCAGGGUGAACGCCGUCUGCCGCGGCCUCCACCUGGGGGACAAGUUCCCUCUCUCUGUUGGGGAGGAGAAGGCCGAGAAGGCGACCGGGGAGGUGAUGCCGCUGCGGCGGUGGCUGGACCCGGACAAGGACCUCGCUUCCACGGUGCUGUACCUGGUCGGCGACGACUCCCGCUUCAUGACAGGCACCACCAUCUAUGUCGACGGCGCACUGUCCAUUGUGCGCCCUCGCAUGCGUUCCUUCCUGUAGCAACAGCGGUUUGUGCAAAGGGAUCAACUGCCAUAAUUAAGCAGUCUCUAUGAAUGCAAUAAUUAACAGGGUUUAAGAUGGUAGAGUAAAGAUCAAAAUUGACAAAGAGUAUCCAGAAUCAACAUGAGUGGCACAGCAGGCCCUUCUUCAGAUUAAAAGACAAACGCAGAACCUUGCUGCACACAGGCAUCAAAGGAGUGAAAUGGAUUGAGUAGUCGACAUGUGGACCAAGCCGUAUCAAUGGCGUUCGGAGAGAACGGAGCAACCAACUACAUCCGCAUCCAGGGUAACGGCAUUACCGCCGGAGCGACGACAGAGGCGGCCAUGGCGGAGCGGGGGGUGGAGUCGGUCCUGUUCCGGGGGAAGAAGCUGAUGCCGCAGACCAACGACGAGCGGCUGGACGGCGUGGUGGAGCAGCUGGUGCGGGAUCCUCCGUGAUUCGGCCAUUGCCAUUCUCCACGGAUCUGGCCGUGGCCACAACCGACGCUGCCGGUUCCAUGGAGGAGCUCACCCCGGCCUUCUCCUCGUUUUCCUCCAUGGUCGGGUCUCCUGGUGGAGGUGCCGAUGUUGCCGGUUCCACAACGCAAGAGCCCGUGGCAACGCGGCAAACUGAAGUUGUUCGCCCGCGUCGCACAGGGCGUCUUUGGCGUCGCAGGAAACCCUACCUUGGGGUUGGCAUAGGGCAUCUCUGGCGUCGUAUGAAACCCCACCGCGGGGCUGGUGCAGGGAGUGGCCGACCAUCCCACCCUGCUGAAGCCGCAGGGCGUCUCUGCCAAGUCCAUGGUUGGCGAGUCCAAGGCCGUCUCUAUCCAGGCCUCCGUGGUUGAGGCGAACUGCACUAACAUCGAUGUCUGCCCUGAACUGUUUGCAUCUAAAAGCUCUUGUGACGAUGGAAAGUCUACCUCCAAGGGACCAAAAAAGAAAAUCGGUCCUAAAAGAUCUUCGCCUGACACAUCUACUCACGAUGACAGUGAAGUAUAUCAAGCUGGUGCUAAAAGAAGGACUCUUAACCCCUCUAUUCCUCAUAAGGAGAGCUUGGAGUCUGAAGAUUUUUCUGCAAAGUAGGUUUCCCUUUGGCUCUAAUUCAUGAUAUUUGGUAACUUGUUGUUGUUGUAGUUAUAUUGAUAACCUGGUGAUUUCAGAUACCAACAAAAAUUUAUUUGCCUAUAUUACGGUUGCAGAAGUCCUUGUGGAUAUCCUAUACAGUAUAAAUAUGAACCACCACUUGGUGGAUCGCUGCUGUUUAGAGCUCUGCUCUGUUAAUGCUACUUUGAGUCUAGAUGGCAUUAACUACAGAGAAGGGAUCUAGCUAGGUUUGCAAUGGCAUGUGUACUAACGAAUCAUUUUAGUCUCAGGUUUUCCCUGCAAAACUGAAGUUCAUGUCUCAUGUUUGGAUUAAUCACGGUGUAGUCUGAUGGUAAUUUGUCUACUUAGUGCAGUUUAUGUAUUCUUCCACAACUUCAUUUAAUGCUUUCAGAGUUAAAGUUUUGGGGAUAGUUUGGAUGUUAUACCCAAGGCAUUAUAAUUGCUCUAUAUUAUUCUUAAUUUCAUAUAUCAUCACCUUAGACUACUCGAACUGUCGGCCAUGCUUUGUGAUCAUGUGCGACGAGCAUAUUGUUCGGUGCUGCUAUUUUCCAUUCGCUGCUGGGUUGCUUCUACUCUCCACCAAUCUGUCAAGUAGCAAAGAGUAGGUUUGACCUCAAUUUCGAUGUAGACAUGGAUUGGGAUGUGAUGCAUGUACUUGCUAAUUAAGGGAUUUGGAUCUUGCCCUCAAUUAGAGUUCCCAAUCUCAACGAAGUGGGGUUUACGAAUUUUAUUAUUUUUUAGCUUGAAUGGACUGUAGCUUCGCUUAAUUGACUGACAGUUGUAUUUGACUGCAUAACUGGAUUAAUUGAUUUCAUGGCAGAUGCCAGUUUUGACCUUGGUUGAUCAUGCUUUGUUCCUUGUUUGGCCUGCAACAUAUUUUUUAUGCAUUCGCAGAAAUGGUUUAUCUUGGACAUGAUUCUCAAAGAAGAUACAGAUGUGCAUGCUUCAUAUCUUCUACACGCUUAUGCAAAGCAGGAUUUUAUUCAUAUUUUGAUGAGCUUAAUUUCUUAUGCUAAUGUUUGCUUCCGCCUGAAGGAUACAUAUGGUAUGUUUUGUGAGCGGUGGGUAUGGAUGAGGUGAGUGCGUCUGUUAGUGCAUCAUUUUUGUUGGAUACUUUAAUCUGUUAAGGUUGGUAUAUAUUGAGUGUUGAUGAUGACAUGUUUAUUUUGAUUGGCGUGGUUGCCUCAAAGUAAUGCCCUGCUACUCCUUGGGGGGCGUGAGUGAAGAUUUAUGCCUUAAGCAUAGGAAUGAGGGAGUAGGUAUCCAACAGAAUAGGCGAUGAUGCUAGGAGAAAAAGAAGACUUUGAUCUGGUUCUUCAAAGAGGUACAUCAAGGAACAAGUACAUGGUGCUACUCGAUGGUCAGCCAGAUUCUGACUAUUAUUUUGGGAUGCCAAAGAGAUAGCACAUGAUGUUCGACCGCUGGGGAAUUGAAGUAUAGUGCUUACCAAUAUACUGGCAUGUAUUUUUUUCUAAAGGAUAUAGUGGUUUCCUUUAGUUGAAAUACAUAAAAUUUUCACCCCCAAUGAUUCAACAAGAGUUGUUCAUUAAAAGUGUGUGGUCUCUUUCUUCAUCAAGAAUUGAAAUAUCUGUGCUAUUAUAACUCCAUGGAGAGCAAUAAUAUAAUUUUCACAAGGGGUGACCUUUAUUGGCUAA